AUGAGGUGCCUGGCAUGUCGCACGGGCCACAAGGGCUUCACCUGGCCCAGGAACCACGCCAGGAGCACCACCAUGUUGAACAGGAACGAGCAACCCCUGGCCAGGGACAAUGUGCCCACCGGCUGUUGGCCUAAAUUCAAGAAUAGAUGCAGGUGCAAACGACUGAGGGAAAUGAAAUGUUGCUCAAGAAGAUCGAGGAUCGCGCCCGCGGAGGCGACAGUCUGCUGCCCCCCGGAACGAAGGUUCGGCGCCAUUUGCCGCCGCUUGUUCGACAACUGCAAAUGCAAGCGAAACGCCGAAGCAGAACGCACAAGGAGCAUACGUGCCAAGCACAGUCUUACCAGCGUAGCACCGCCCCCGCUGUCGGAGGAACCGAAAGCUAAGAUACCGGAUGUCCUAGUGGAGCACAAUUCGCUGAUGCGUGGCGCUAUACCCUGUCUGCCAGUUCCUCUCGCGUGGUUCUGUCUCGUGUGGAACGUCCUACUGCCUGGCUCAGGAACCGUGUGGAGCGGUAUUUUCAACUUGUGCACCGGCCAGCCGAGAUUCUCGCCGGUGGCUGGACUGAAAUCGAGACUGGGUGCGUUCGUGGUGAACCUGGUGGUCGGGGUGGGUCAAUUAUUCACCGUUUUAUUCUGCCUGGUUGGGUGGGGCUGGAGCAUUUGGUGGGGCGUCACUUUGGUCCGUUUAGCGAGGAAGUACAAGAGAUUCAAAGCUUCCGAGGCAGCCAGCAACGAUCCGGAAGCGAGGGGCGGAGAAGCAACGGCUCUGCCACCGGGUGUACCGAGUCAGGCGUUGAGAGGGAUGGAACGGACGAUUCGAUAA